ACAAUACGCAACGACAACGUUAACGGUGCCGACCGAUUUUCACGUGCGAAUUUCCAAAGUUGAAAGGUGAACUGUCGCGCGGUCAAGGAAACGGGAUUUAGUGAAAUCGUGAGUGAAUCCUGUUUCUUUUUCACCGCGAUAUAUCUGGAUCUAACGCAACGAUGACGAAAAGCGCACCGUUCUACUUCCUAGUGCUGCAGCUCCCAUUGACAAUUCUGUGCGAUGUUAACACAUAUCUGAAAUCGGAUUUCCAGGUCGAAGACAGAGACGACCUCGAACAAGAACUCAAAGGUUCGUCGUGGUCUUUCGAUCGGCCGGCAGAGGAUAACGAUCUUGCGCCUCGUGAGGAGGCUCUGCAGAAGAUGCAAGAGAUUCUCGGUAUUCGGAGUCAGAACGAGAAUCUGGCUCAUCGUAAAGUACCACCGCAAUUCAUGAUGGAACUCUACAACACCAUUGCGGAUCCGAGUGGAGUUACGCGUGGCCGGAAUCCCUACAACGCCAGAGUAGUGCGUAGCUUCAUCGAGAAGGAUAUUUCCCUGUCGCACUUUUAUUUCUUCAACGUCUCGGGUUUAGAGAUAAACGAAUCGGUACUGGAGGCUGAGUUGCAUCUUUACCGGAAAAAAACACCAACGAGGAACACACGUCCACUGACAUCCGCGUCGCUUUAUUAUCUGAUAAAAAUUUACCAAGUACUGGAUGAUCGCAACCUCGACGUACCAGAUCUUCAUAGACUGCUAAGCGUUCGUUAUGUCGGCGCGCACGCUUCCGGCUGGCAGGUAUUCAACGUAAAAGAAGCAGUCCUCGGAUGGAUGAACGGCGAGCCGAAUCUGGGCCUUUUGGUAACGAUUCAGAAUUUGUUCGAGGGCGAGGUAUUAGUGGAGUUCUCUCGUAGAAACAAUUAUCAUCACAGUAAGCAACCGAUAUUGGUGCUUUUCGAUGAUGAUAAUAGCGAUCGGUCUGGCGGAACGUCGGAAAUCGCACCUCGAUAUUAUGCAUACGGGAAUCAGGCUAAUGACGAGAGAAAUCGUGAAAAAGAUGUAUCGUACGAGAAAGACAUAGAGAAGAUCGAUCUGGAGAACGGUUACGACGACGCUAAGUAUUACAAAAGGCACAAGAGGCAACGGAGAAAUGUCGGUCAGCUCGAAGAGGUUCCGUUGGCGAUCAGACGCGAGCCAGAAUUCUUCCAGCGGCAAAAGAGAAGACGCGAGGACAAUGAGGAGGAGGAGGAUGAAAUGCUCGGUUACGACGAUCCUCUAGGAGCGGCGGUGAGGCGCCGUCAACGCGACGCAGCACUCUCUCGAGGACGUAUCACCUCGGGUGGUAUCGUAUCGAGGGAUCGCUCACGCGGGAUCACGCGGGUUCUCACAUCAAUGGACAUCUAUGAAAGAGCGGCAUUUCGCGAGAAAAUGGAACAGGCGGCGCGAGACAGAUCGACGAGACGAUCAACGACGGUCGUGGGACAGAGUCGCCGGCCAGCACGCUCAGCGAACAACCAGAAUGCGAUGGCAUCGGGACAACCGGGGAAUGCGACCGAGUGCACGAGGCAUGAGCUCUAUGUGGAUUUUCGUGACAUCGGGCUGUCGUCUUCUAUAAUCGCGCCGGCCGGUUAUUCCGCGUAUCAGUGCAAAGGUGUGUGCGAGCCACCCCUCAGCCAAGAUCAACGACCGACGAAUCACGCGACGAUACAGGCGAUCGUGCACAAGAUGGUCAAAGGCGUCGAGAGGCCGUGCUGCGUGCCGACCAAACUGCUCAGCACCAGUAUUCUCUUUUACGAUGACAAUGAGAAUGUUGUGCUGAAAAUGUACGAAGACAUGAUCGCAGAUCGCUGCGGGUGCCGUUAAAAGGAAAGAGAGAGAGAGAGAGAGAGAGAGAGAGAGAGAGAAGAGAGAGAGAGAAAGAGAGAGAUAUCGGCCAUAAUUAAACACUUCGUGAAAGAAAAACGGUGAUGAUUCAAUAACAAUUUCAAAAAAAGAAAAAGGGUCGAAAGACAAAAAUUUCUGUAGGUCUAAACUUUGAUUUGAUUCGUGAUAAUCCUUCUUGUUUUGCCGCGGCAAAAGAUAUUGUCGUGUUAUUGAGAUAAAAAUGAGAAUUGGUAUUUGUAUGAAAUAUAUUAUCACGCAUAGGAUGGAGAUUAAUAUUUCUACAAUUAUAUAAAGUAACAAGUUGAUCGUAGUAGCUCGCUUUUGCUUGCCGCUGAAGGAGAAAAUUUCUUCUCGUUGUAAAUAAUCAAGCUGUUAAUCGAUCGUGUAAUCUUUUAAUUUUCUUACUCAAUUGUGCAAUCAAAAAUUCUAUGCAAUAAUGGUUUGAUUUUGUCUUUUUUCUUUUGCUGAACUUCUAUAAUUAUCAUGUUUAAUAGAGUAACGAAAAAUUAUUUUACUGUCAUUCCUAAUUAAGUUUAGCAUGACGAUCCUAAAAUCAGCAAUGCCACAUGCAGUUAUUUUGUACAUAAGAACAUUCCGAAGUCUGUACGUAGUCUAUACGUAUAUAAUUAAUAUAUCUAAUUAACGAUGUGUAUCUGUAUUAGUGUAUCGUGUUAGGUUGUAAUGCCGUUAAAUUAUUGCUAACGUAAACGUAAGAUUAGACGGGGUGUUCAGUUGUGCUUGUACAUACAUAAACGGUAUCUCGCCGAAUCUAUUUAUAAUCUCUAUUUAUAAUUAAGCGAGAAUAUAAAAAAAAAGAAAUAAAUAAUACUUAAACGG